AUGGCAGUCAGGCACGGUAUCGUUGUCUCUAUUCGUCUGGCGCAGAAUAUAUUUCUCGCAUCAAAGCCAGAGGUCGAGGAGUUUGUGAGGAGAGACAUUCGGAAGGAUGUUCACCUGAAUUUAUUCCUGGAUAAGAAUCCAGGGGAGUUUUCCAUCAUUGUUGAAUCUGCUGCCCCCCACAAGGGAGAUGCGUCCGGAUACCCCUUGACCUCGAAAGACAAGGGCUUACACUCGACCGUCGCCGUCCAAAAGAAGACUGGGAAGGACCAACCGGAAGUGCACGUAGUCACUCUUCGCGUGCCUCAUGACGAAGCUGAAUACUCUAAAGCCGAUGAUGGCGAGGGUCAAGGAAGUUAA